GUUGAGCACUUUGACCAGAAAACCGCAUGGUAUUUUGUGAUUAGUAUCUUGACAACCAAACUUUUGAUAAAACGUUACAGGGCAUCUUCGUCUUUCAGCACCGCAAUAUCCUUGAAAAUUUUGUAAGGUUCUCCUUCAACUCUUCCCUCAGUCAUCUUGUGCGUUGGCUCUAAAAGUUUCGAAGGAAUUCAGACUAUUCUGACAAAAGAGCGACAUGGGUGUUCCCUUCAACGAUCCUAGAGAAGAAGUUAUUGAAGCAUGGUACAUGGAUGAUAAUGAUGAAGAUCAAAGACUCUCCCAUCACAGGGAGCCCAAGGAAUAUGUCUCCCUGGACCAUCUCUCGGAACUUGGAGUUAUCAGUUGGCGUUUAAAUGCCGAUAACUACGAAACAGAUCAGGAUUUGAAGAAGAUUCGGGAAGAACGUGGCUACUCCUACAUGGACUUCUGUGAAGUUUGCCCUGAAAAACUGCCGAAUUACGAAGAGAAGAUUAAGAACUUUUUUGAAGAACAUCUUCACACUGAUGAAGAGAUUCGUUACUGUGUAGCAGGAAGUGGCUAUUUUGAUGUCAGGGAUCGUAAUGACAAGUGGAUCCGUGUAUGGGUGAAGAAAGGGGCAAUGAUUGUUUUACCAGCUGGUAUAUAUCAUCGAUUCACACUAGAUACCAACAACUACAUCAAGGCAAUGAGGCUGUUUGUGGGUGAUCCUGUUUGGACUCCUUUUAACCGACCCCAUGAUCAUUUGCCUGCAAGGGAAGAGUAUAUCAAGGGCUUUGUGAUGAAGGAAGUUGGUGAUCACGCUGUCAAUGCUGCAGCAUAGAAUUAAAGUUGUGAUUCUAAAGUGUUAGAUUAUAGAGGAUCUGCAUUGACUCAAUAAAAAGAUAUGGCCCAAACAUGUCCUGCCUUCUUUGGAUUACCUAAAUUGAACUUAUGCUUGUGUGACACUGCCUUUGAUGUCACGUAAAAUAAUAUGUGACCUUUAUGUUGCACCCUUAUAACUCUAUCGUUGGUCACAUGUUCGCAUGUAAUUAGUGUGAAUUUGAUACAAGGGUUUGUUAUGUUGUUAGCCAAAUAGACUAAUGAUAGUUUUGGAUCA